ACAAAGACACCGCCGUCGUAGUAGACCGCACGGUUCCCGAGACCAUCAUGACCAUCGGAACCCUCCGCAGUCAGGUCUCGUUUGAUGUCAUGCACUUGAUGUGCGACCUCGUCUUAGGAACCCCAUGGCUGGACCGCUACAUGCCAUACGCAUUCCACCCCAACUUCCUUCGCCUCACCAACCCCCCCGCCACAACUAUUGACAUCCCCUAUCUCCCAUAUCCGACCUCCCAAGGCUCUGUCACCCCGCACCAAUUCCUCCACAUGGCUCGCCUAAACCCCGACUCCGCCUACUACUAUUUUGUCCUUGAUCGCGAAAGUCCCAAGGACUUACUCCCGACGGACAAACUCGAUCAAGCCCUGCCUGCCAACCCCGCCAUCACUUCAAUCCUCGACGAGUUCAGGGACAUCUUUCCCGAGUCCUUACCCGCUGGACUACCUCCGAAUCAUGACGUAUCGCAUACCAUCGAUUUGGAACCCGGACAUUCUCCACCUUGCCGCCCUCCAUACCAACUCUCUGUCCCCGAAGCCGAAGAAAUGAAACGGCAACUCGGUGAACUCCUUGAAAAAGGGUUCAUUAAGCCAAGUUCAUCCCCCUUCGGAACCAKCUGCCUUUUCGUCAAGAAAGGUSGAACUUCGRAACUCCGCAUGUGCACAGACUAYYGYGCCUUAAACCGGAUCACGAUCAAGAACAAGUACCCCCUACCUCGGAUUUCCGAGCUCCUUGAUCGUCUCCGUGGAGCCAAGUACUUUACCAAGAUCGACCUUCGUAGUGGYUUCCACCAGAUCCGUAUCCGCGAGGAGGACACUCACAAGACCGCCUUYCGCUCUCGGUUCGGGCACUACGAGUUCCUCGUGAUGCCAUUCRGACUCACCAAUGCCCCCGCYACCUUCCAAUCCACCAUGAACCACAUCUUCCGCAACCUCCUCAAAGUCUGUGUCGUUGUCUACCUUGAUGACAUCCUUGUCUUCAGCCCCACCUUCGAGUCCCACCUUCAGCACCUCCGCCAAGUCCUCGCGAUCCUCCGAGAGCAAAAAUUCUACGCCAAGCUCAGCAAAUGUAUGUUUACCGCUUCGAGCGUCGAAUACCUCGGCCAUAUUGUCUCCGCUAAAGGCAUCCGUAUGGACCCCUCGAAGGUCACAGCCCUCGUCGAGUACCCCCCACCCAAGACCCUCCUCCAACUCCAUUCCUUCCUUGGCCUUGCCAACUAUUACCGCCCAUUCAUUCGCAACUUUUUCGAGAUCUCUUACCCUCUCCACGAACUCACCCGCAAGGACGAGCCUUUCCAUUGGAACGAUCGCCGCCAACAAGCUUUCGACUUACUCAAGCAAACCAUCACCAUGGCCCCUAUCCUCAAGAUCGCCGACCCCACUCGCCAUUUCUAUGUCACCACUGACGCCUCCGACUUCGCCAUCGGAGCCUUGAGACUUUGGCGUGAGCACUUCGUCGAGCUUUCGGUGUGCCUGGUCCGAGUACGAAUCACGUGGGUAAGGGACGAAGACCAUCGCGAGUGGAGCGAGUACUUGGAGUGGCUGAUUACCGAGGCCUGGAGAACGGACGUGGAGGGCGAUCUUCUUGGAUUCCUGUUCGGAUCGGUGCGGCCCAGCCAUCGCCAGCCAAUCAUCCUAGAGCUUACGAUCCCACUCGUGCAGCUAGCCGACGAUCUUCCCCUAGAGAUCGUCUCGCAAAGUGACGAGAGCCCGGUCCCGCACGUUCUCACGCGGACCUUGGCGCCAUAUCUUCAGUGGUCAGCGUGCUUGGAGGAGUCGGUGAACAACCUUAACCCGCCAUCGCAGCGGGAUUAUCUGAGCCCACGAGAGAUUAUCGAUCCCGCCUACUUCCGGGAUCGAACGACCACCGAGGACGAGGCGAUAGAGGCAGAAGAAGAAACAGCCGAAGAAGAAGAAGAAGAGGACGACGAGGAAGAAACUCCCGAAGAGGGGAGUUACAGCGAGCACAACGAAGGGGAGCAAAGCGAGGAGGAGGAGGAGGAAAAAGAACAAAGCCCGAAGGAGGAAGAAGAAGAAGAUCAGGAGGAGCUAGAAGAGUCGGAGUGGGAAGGAUUUGAGGAGGAGGUGCGUGCGGAGGCUCGAGCACAGGCCCAAGCGCAGAAGAGGGAGGAGAUCGCGGCCGGAAAGCGACAACUAGGGUUUGCCAGCGCAGCAGGUCCGCCGACCAUCGACGAUACAGGGCGAGAUCCAGAGCUGCCCAAGCCUGAACAUGGGGACCCAGCUGCUGAGACUUCUGCCGCACCGGCAAGGCGGCGACGAAGUCGAUCCCCCUCCCCCUCCACCACCGACCGUCCACCAGUUCGAGCCCGUACUGAUGCGGGGCAUCGGGCUUCGUCCCCGGUCGUUAUCCCGCCGUCCCCUUGACCAUCUCACCCUCCGCCAGGCUACUACCCGCGUCAUCUUUCCCCGCAACCCCUUCCCCUUC